AUGUUCCAGGGUCCAAAAGUAGGCAAACCAGGACUCUCGAGAGACAUCAUUGACUCUUCAUGUAGCUCAAAUUCCUCGAAUGCCAGCAGUAAUGUCAACUGGCAUAUCCCCGUGGAGUCCUGGGAUACGCAUGUGCAUGUUUUCGAUCCCCGGUACCCAUACUCGCCUGAUCGACAAUACACGCCAGAGUCGGCGUUAUACGACGAACUGCUGGCAUUCAAUGACAAACUGACGGUAACAAACUCAACUGAAAAUAUCGUGCUGGUUCAGCCAUCGCCUUACGGAACUGACAACUCCCUGAUUCUGGACCUCCUCCGCAACCAUUCUGCUUCUCAGCAAGACAACCUGCUUCGCGCCAUUUCCGUCAUUGAUCCCGAAAACGUGACGGAUGAAGAGCUCCAGGAGAUGAACUCGCUCGGCGUCAGAGGCAUCCGCAUCAAUACGCAAGGAGCGGACUCGGAAGAGACAGCAAAGGAUCUCCGCAAAAACAUCACAUCAGCGGUGGAAAGAGUCAGAGCAUUCAGCAAUUGGAAGUGUCAAUUGCUGGUUUCCGGGAUCAGCUGGGACUACAUCCACGAUGUUGUCCGUGAUCUCCCCAUCCCCGUCAUUGCAGAUCACCAGGGUGGGAUGGGAGGUCUCACGAAGCUUGCGAACGGCAGCACCGACGUGACCGCACAGCCGGGCUUCGCAUCCCUUCUGGACCUGGCUAAGCGAGGGAAGGUCUUUGUCAAGAUAUCUGCGCUGUACCGCUCGUCGAAGCUCACCGAGGGGGGGUAUGACGAUGUGGAGCAGCUUGUCAAAACCUUCGCUCGGGAAGUGCCGCAGCAGCUUAUUUGGGGGUCAGAUUGGCCUCACACUGGGUCGAACCGCAGCGAGGCGACAAAGUACGUACCGGAACCUUUUAGGAAAGUGGAUGACGAGGCUGUUUUGAAGAAUAUCAGGAAGUGGGUAGGGCCUGAGCUGUGGCAUCAGAUGACGGUGGUCACCCCGGGGAAAAUCUAUAUUUAG